UAAGGGUAAGCCAGCCACAAAACCCUAGAAGGCGCGCGCGAGAUUCCAUGGCGGCCUUCACCUCCACCACCACCGCCGCGGCGGCGUCGCCCACGCCGUGCCGCCCCGCGGCCCUCGUCGCGCGCUCGUCGGCGGCGCCGCUCCGCUCCGCCGCGCCGGUGGUGGUGGCGGCGGGGCUUCGGCGAGCGGCCGCGCCGUCCCGCCGUGGCGCCACGCUGCGGGUUCAAGCGAAGAAACAGACGUUCUCUUCGUUUGACGAGUUACUGGAGAAGUCUGAAAAGCCUGUACUAGUCGACUUCUAUGCAACUUGGUGUGGUCCAUGUCAAUACAUGGUUCCUAUACUUCAGGAAGUAAGCGAAAAGUUAGGCGAUAAGAUUCAAGUCGUAAAAAUUGAUACAGAGAAGUACACAAGCAUUGCUAAUCGUUACCAAAUUGAAGCAUUGCCAACUUUUAUUAUCUUCAAGAAUGGGAAACCUUGUCAUCGCUUUGAGGGAGCGCUGCCUGCUAAUCAACUAAUCCAACAGAUUGAGAGUGCUUUGGAGGUUGCAAAGUAGCAUGUGUGAAUACUAUUAUUCGUACCAGCGGAAGCUACCAAUUUUCUUGUGGACAACAGUAUAGGUGAACAAUUGAUUCUCCGUGAAUUGAUGCUGUCUUUUUUAAAUUACCUCAAAUCCCAGCAAACAAGAUAUGGGUGCAAACACCUAAGAUGCAGCUUGCUGAUCUUCUGUGGUCUGUUUUUUUUUUAUGUUGUUGUAAAAUUGUGUGAACUAACUGAUGAUUAUACUUUGUACCUCUGGGCACCAUUUACUGUAUUUAUCAAUUCUGAGGGAAAUUACCUUAUCAUUUUACCUUUUGAAAUGCGGACUAUUUACUUAAAAUUGGCUGUGGUAAUUCUGGUUUGCAUCCA